AGCUUAGAACGAGUAUGCUUCGAGUAUUAGGAUCCCAACCCAAAAGUGACAGCAAACUUAAGUCAUAAGUCAGUGUAUAUGUUUUGUGGUCAUAACCUCAAAAAAUUGUCAACGUCAUUUGAUUCAAAAUUGUAAUAAUAUGUGGGAAUUUUUGAAAAAAUUGAGACGAUUUGAUGCUUAUCCCAAAACUUUAGAAGAUGUAAGAAUACAGACCUAUGGAGGUGGCACUAUCACAAUAAUCAGCUUUAUCAUUAUGGGAUUAUUGUUUUGGACUGAAUUCGUUGAUUAUAUGACACCAAAUGUAACAGAAGAACUGUUUGUGGACACGUCAAGGAGUCCUACAAUUCAAAUAAAUUUAGAUUUUAUCAUCCCAAAGAUCUCGUGUGAUUUUUUAGCAUUAGAUGCAAUGGACUCAUCAGGUGAACAACACCUGGAAAUUAAUCAUAAUAUUUAUAAAAGGAGACUGGAUUUAGAAGGUAAACCUAUAGAAGAUCCAGUAAAAGAGGACAUAACAAUAAAGGUUAAAACCAACACAUCCACUCCUGCAGGGAACAAAACAGAAUGUGGGAGCUGUUAUGGAGCCGCUGAUAGAUGUUGCAAUACUUGUGAAGAUGUAAAGGAAGCAUACAGGGAAAAGAAAUGGGCCAUUGAAAAGCUGCAUGACAUUGAACAAUGCAAAGAUGAAAAAUACAAUGAAAAAUUAAAAACAGCUUUCACACAGGGCUGUCAAAUCUAUGGAAAUUUGGUAGUAAAUCGAGUUAGUGGUAGUUUUCACAUUGCUCCUGGAGAAAGCUUCACAAUCAGUCAUUUACAUGUGCACAAUGUACAGCCAUUCUCAUCAAACGAGUUUAAUACUUCACAUAAAAUUAGACAUUUGUCAUUUGGGCCUGUGAUGGACAGUCAAACGCACAAUCCUUUGGCAGACACUGAAGUAAUUGCUAUUGAAGGUUCAACAAUGUUCCAGUAUUACAUUAAAAUAGUUCCAACGUCUUACGUGAAGAAAGACGGCUCAGUGAUCAACACAAACCAAUUCUCAGUGACGAAGCAUCAAAAAAUGAUAUCAAUGGCCAGCGGAGAAUCUGGCAUGCCCGGCAUUUUCUUCCAGUAUGAACUAUCACCGUUAAUGGUGAAGUUCACCGAAAAAGAACGAUCUUUCGGACAUUUUAUGACGAACUUGUGUGCGAUUAUCGGUGGUGUAUAUACUGUGGCUGGACUCAUAGAUUCGUUAUUGUUCCAUUCGAUUAAAUUGAUACAAAAGAAGAUGGAGUUAGGAAAGUUGCACUGAUUAAUAUUAAACUGUUCUUGCAAGAUCUAUUUCAACGUCAGUUUUGAUACCCAUAAUCCUCAGUUAUAGGUAAGAUGACUGGAUUUGCGGGACGUUAUUUCCAUCUCCAUCUUGGCUAAUCCAAUAGUCUUUUUUUAAUGAAGCAUAAAGUAAAUAAAUGUUAAUUUUUUAAGUUGAUGUCGGCAAAGUUGGGGUUUUCCUUUUCUGACACAACUACGAUUGAUAUAACAAAGCUAAUGUAUGGUGAAACGUGAGAGAACAAGUAAAAAAAAUUAAAAAGUACUCACUGUUCAGUUGAAUUGAAAUUCCAAGUACGGCUCUGUCGUAAAAUCCGUGUUUACAUCUUCGUCGCACGUCGUAUAACUGUGUUCGCGCAGUGGACGUGAUCGAGUGAUAGGACAGGACCGGCUUCGGUUUGGUUCAGGUUUGAUUGAGCCCAAUAUCGGUUCUCUUAAGACACGAAAACCCCAACUUUGCGGACACCCUGUAUACUUGACAAUGGUCUUGUGUCAGUAGGAACUGACGUGAUGUCGACCAACAUUUCUAACCCGAGGCAUGACACCAAAUCGGCGUGUGUAGUGGCAACUUCGGCUGAGAUAAAAACAAAUUCGCCAACUUUUGUGAUAGAUGUAAACAUAUACGUUUGAAAUGGAUCUAAUUUGUUCUUUUUGUGGUGUUUGAGUUUAUAUUGUGAUUUUAUAUUAAGGACUUAUAGGGCUAAUAAAAAGGACUGUUUCGGUAUAUAAUCAUUUUUAUGAACUAUGAAUAUCUACAAAAAUAGGAAUUCAAUGAAAUCUGUUCAUAAUAUACGAGUAGACAAGUUUGCUAAAAAGAGACUAAAAUACCACUAGGUUCUCGAAAAUAUCAGAUUUACAGUAUUACAUACUUGUUUAAGAACGAAUGUACAAAAUUCUUCAGUACGACCUCUUUGGACAAUAAUCCAUUCAACAUUCAAUAAAUGAAUUUGAAACUUUGAACAACUUUCAUUUCAUACGAUUAUAUUCAAGAAGCACGGCAGC